AUGGCAGCACUGGCACCCCCACCGCCAGGUUCCCAAAAAUCUGCCGAUCCCUCCACAGGUCGUACACUUGCGGUCAUCAAGACAGAUCCAGACAGGUCCCUCACACAGACAUCAUCUAAAGAUAAGGCGGACAGUCCCCUGGGUCCGGGCAAGCCGGGCCAUGUGAGGGCGGGGGCAGACCGGAAUGCAGCCGAGACCGGAAACCAGGACUGGGAAACGGAGAGUUACUUCGGCAAUGAACACACCCUGAUCCUGAUCAUCUGCCUCUCAGCCAUCGCCACUAUGCUCGCCUUCAUCAUCUUUGUCAUGAUCACUUGGCUGCGUCGAAGAAACCGAUCCCAAGAAAUCGCCAGGUCUCUGAACUACGGCCGACAGCGCAACCUCGACACCAUGAAGAGGGUCUUUGUGGAUGCCUCAAAGUCGCCACCCUAUCGCAACGCCAGUGGCACCUUGCUGCACCAGAUUCCAAUGCAAGCCAAAACACCUACCGAAAUGGAUCGCAGUGCUACCAUGGUAAAGAAUUCGCGUAGUUCUGAUUGCCUGGCUGAGGCCAACGCUAUCAUGCUGGAGCCAAUGGCAUUCCACGACAACCACAUUCUGGCUGGAUCCGCCGGCUCUGGAGGUCAGCGCGAGAGAACAGGUGGAGGAAGCGGACCCAAUACGCCUGUUUACGCGGCCGGGAUUGGCAAAAUUGUGCCUUAUUCUCGGGCUCAGACCCUUGUAAUGGCCUACUCCCAGGCGGCUGAUGUGAGUCGACUGCAAGCCGACUCUGAAGCCGUCUGUGUCCUCUCCUCGACAAGCUCUGAGAACAAGCAGGGCACAACCACAGGGCGCAACGCAGACUCCCCUACGACUUCUGGUAGGUUGUUCGUGAGAUAA